AUGGCUGCUGUCACUCAACUAGAGAGUUUUCCAGUUAUUGCUACAGCAAAAAGUCUUGUUCCUCAAAUUUCACAACAUCCGGCACGAGCUGAAGCAUCAGUCCCAUUGACCCACGGUAUUCCCCUUCCGCCCCCUACAAACGAACCGACUGAAAUUCUUCACCUAGAUAGGGAUACUCCUGAUGAACAUGUGCCCAGAGAUCCACGCCUUAUUCGGCUAACUGGGAAGCACCCCUUCAAUGUCGAGGCUCCCUUAACUGCCCUAUUUGAUGAAGGAUUUCUUACCUCCCCUGAGCUUUUUUAUGUGAGAAAUCAUGGAUAUGUACCGAAUGUUCGUCAGGAGGAUAUCCAUUAUUGGGAGCUCAGUAUUGAAGGUCUAGUGGAACGUCCAAUGAUUUUGAAAUUCGCACAAAUUUUGAAUGAGUUCGAACAAAUUACUGUCCCCAUUACGUUGGUAUGCGCUGGAAACAGACGUAAAGAACAGAACCAGGUGAGAAAGUCCCAAGGAUUCUCAUGGGGAGCUGCUGGAGUAUCGACGGCUCUUUUCACGGGUCCAUUGAUGUCCUCUAUCCUGCGACUGGCAAAGCCGCUUCGAACAGCAAGAUAUGUGUGCAUGGAGGGAGCAGAUAGACUGCCCAACGGAUACUAUGGUACAUCUGUCAAGUUGAACUGGGUAAUGGACUCCAACAGAGGGAUAAUGCUAGCACACAAAAUGAAUGGAGAGCCACUCCGACCAGAUCACGGUCGUCCACUGCGAGCGGUUGUUCCAGGCCAGAUUGGCGGACGAAGUGUUAAGUGGUUGAAGAGAUUAAUUCUAACAGAAAGUCCAAGCGAUAACUGGUAUCACAUAUACGAUAAUCGUGUCUUGCCCACUUUGGUAUAUCCAGGAAUUUCCGCUAAGGAACCAAAAUGGUGGCAUGAUGAGCGAUAUGCAAUAUAUGAUCUAAAUGUCAAUUCUGCUGUCGUGUAUCCGCAACACGACGAGCGAGCGUCUGUUUGCAACACCUCCACAUAUACUGCCAGGGGUUAUGCUUAUGGAGGAGGUGGCCGCAGGAUCACAAGAGUUGAAAUAUCUUUAAAUAAGGGGAAGACAUGGAAGUUAGCAGUUAUUGAAUACCCCGAAGACAAGUAUCGUGAAGUAGAUCAAUAUCUCUACGGAGGUCAAAUCGACAUGCAAUGGCAGGAAACAUGCUAUUGCUGGUGUUUUUGGUCCCUUGAAAUACCAAUGUUCGAGUUAGAAGCUAGCGAUGCUAUUCUUGUACGAGCAAUGGACGAGGCAAUGAAUAUCCAGCCUCGCGAUAUGUACUGGUCAGUUCUUGGUAUGAUGAAUAACCCUUGGUUCCGCGUGACUAUUACCAAAAGUGAUGGAUAUCUGAGGUUUGAGCACCCAACUCAGCCCGCUUCGAUCCCUGGUGGCUGGAUGGAGCGUGUGAAGAAAAGUGGCGGAGAUUUGACAAAUGGAAACUGGGGCGAAAGUACAGAUGCUAGUGAAGAGCCAAAAGUGAUAGAGAUUCCUAAAAUCAACAUGAAAAAGCCCGACCUGAAAAAUCUCAUCAGCUUGAAGGAGUUGAAAAGACAUAAAACUGGACGUCAGCCUUGGUUUGUGGUUGAGGGCCAGGUGUAUGAUGGUACUACGUUCUUGGAUGCACAUCCAGGAGGUGCACAGAGUAUAAUCUCUGUUGCUGGCACUGAUGCAACGGGCGAAUUUAUGGCCAUUCAUAGCGAAACUGCGAAAGCUAUGAUGUUCGAUUUCCAUAUCGGGACACUAGACAUUUCAUCACAAGAGGCUCUAAAUAACAACCAGGAGGAAGAACCACUGUCAACCUCACGCGAUAUUUUCCUCGACUCAAGAAUCUGGGCUCCUUCAAUGCUCGCCGAAAAGGCAGUGGUCUCACCAGACACACGCCGUUUCAGCUUUAAACUCUCCCAUGAAUCUCAAUCCUUGGGUCUUCCCGUUGGCAAACAUGUCAUGCUCAAAAUUGACGACCCUUCCACUAAUGAAGCCUUAAUUAGAGCGUACACCCCAACGUCCGAAACAAACGCUGUGGGAACCAUGGAUCUCCUCAUAAAACUGUACCCUUCGACUCCUAACUACCCAAACGGUGGCAAAAUGACCACGGCAAUAGACAAACUCCCUCUAGGCGCAACCGUAAAUUUCAAAGGCCCAAUUGGAAAAUUCGAGUAUCUGGGUAAAGGGGAAGUGCUCCUAGGUGGGAAAACGCGCCACGUACAAUCUUUCUAUAUGAUUUGUGCUGGAAGCGGCAUUACGCCCAUCUUCCAAGUGCUUCGUGCUAUAAUGCAGGACGCAGAAGACCACACUUCAUGCGUAGUCCUCGAUGGCAAUAAGACGGAAGCCGAUAUCCUUUGCCGUGCAGAACUGGAUGAGUUUAUGACGCAGCAUCCAAAGACCAGAUGCCAUAUUAUCCACACCCUGACAGAGCCGUCAGAGUCUUGGCCGGGGCGCAGAGGCCGGAUUUCAGAAGAUUUACUUAGGGAGUAUGUUAACGUUGAUGUGAAGAAGAACAAAGAAUCCGUGGUGCUUAUAUGUGGACCUGAAGCUCUAGCAGAUACUGUGAGAAAAAUAUUGUUGGGCAUGGGCUGGAAUGAGUCAGAUUUGGUAUUUUUCUGA